AUGAGGCUGACGUACUUCGGGCAUUGCGCCUUUCGCUGGGAAACACCGGGCGGCAUAACGGCCGUCGCCGAUCCCUACCGGAACCAGGCCGACCGCUACUGGUUCACCCGGCUGUUUCCGGAAGUCCGCUGCGACCUGGGGCUCAUCACCCACGCCCACUUCGACCAUGACGCCGUUGACCGGUUGCCUGAGGCAGCCUCAAUCUUGCGAAUGCCCGGUGCGUUUUCCGCUGAAGACCUGCACAUCCGCGGUAUUGGAGAUCUGCACUCCGGCGCCUCCCGCCUGAGCGAUUUCCCCAACGUGAUGUUCCGGUUGGAAGCGAGCGGCGUCAGCUUCCUGCAUAUUGGCGACAACCGCGCCGAAUGGCCGGACGAUGUCGCCCACGCCGUCGGCAACAUCGACGUGCUGCUGGUGACGGUGGACGACUCCAAGCACCUGCUGACCUACGAGCAGGCCGACUCGCUGGUGCAGCGCCUGCGGCCCCGCGUGGUCAUCCCGAUGCACUACGCCGUCCCGGGAUUGACCGCCGCCGAAUGCGAACUCCUGCCCCCGGAGGGGUGGCUGGCACGACAGCCGACGGUGCGCCGCCUGGAAUCCGACCGGUUCGAGUUCACCACUCGAAAUCUGCCCAACCGGACAGAAGUGUGGCUGUUCCAGCCGGCUGCCGAAUCACUGACAGCGCCCGAGGCGCGCCGCUGA